AUGCCCAGCGAAAGCCCAGCCGCCGGAACAGGCUUCCGGGAGUCCGCCGAUGCGGAGCUGCUAAGCAUAGCUCCUGGUCAAUGUUUCUCACCAUUACAAUUGCUACCGCUCGUCGCAUACAACAAAACAACUGUCGCCAGUCGACCCGAAACAUCUGGAAACAUGGCCGCUCUGAUCAAGGGCCUCAAUGCCCGCAUAAGGGCGAACCCGGUCUCGGACUACCUAUGCUCUACUCACUUCUGGGGCCCGGCCUCCAACUUCGGUAUCCCAAUCGCAGCCGUAAUGGACACACAGAAGGAUCCUGAGAUCAUCUCCGGCCCAAUGACCGCCGCCUUAAUCGGCUACUCCGGCACCUUCAUGCGCUACGCCCUAGCCGUCACACCGAAGAACUACCUCCUCUUCGGCUGCCAUAUCGUCAACUUCUCCGCGCAAUCCACCCAAGCAUACCGAUACGUCAACCACCAUUACCUCGGCGGCAGGGAGAAGGCUUUGGAGCAGCAGGCGAAGGAGGGGCUGAACAAGGCGGGCGCGAGUGUGAACUCGGCUGCUUCGGAGGCGGAGAAGGGGUUGAAGCAGGCAGCGAACAAGGUGGAGAGUACGGCUAAGGAUGUGGCCGCGAAGGCCCAGGCACAGGUUAACAAGGUUGUGAGGUGA